AUGGAGGGAACAUAUUCCACCGAUCCCGAAUGGGCAUCUGUUACCCCAAUUGAUCUGGAUGAUGGCUCGAGCUCGGGUGCUAUGCCACUGGCGACCAUCGCCUACCCAGCCGACUACCUCGAGGCGACCUCGUAUUUGCGUGCAGUGAUGGCCGCGAACGAGAUGUCUGAGCGGGCAUUGAAUUUGACUAAAGAUGUGAUCUCGAUGAAUCCAGCGCAUUACACUGUAUGGAUCUACCGAGCAAAGAUUCUAUUUGCUUUGGAGAAAAACCUGAAUGAAGAAUUGAGCUGGUUGAAUGAUGUCUCAUUGAAGUACCUCAAAAACUAUCAAAUUUGGCACCACCGCCAAGUCCUGCUAUCAUCAAAGGCGCACUUCCCAACUUUCCCACCCAAAGAAGCAGACUUCCUAAUGGAGAUGUUCGCCCAAGACUCCAAAAAUUACCACGUAUGGACCUACCGUCACUGGCUUGUGCGUCACUUCGGACUAUGGGACCAACCACGCGAACUCGAAGACGUGGAAUUCCUCCUGAAAGCUGACGUGCGCAACAACUCCGCCUGGAACCACCGGUACAUGCUCCGUUUCGGACCGCGGGACACAUCGCUCCCAGAUGCGGGGAUGGUGAACGCGGGUGAUCUUUCCACAGCACCGGCUGAAAAGGGCAGACUGUCCGUUGUUGACGAGGACAUGGUUGAUGGUGAGCUGAAGUUUGCGCAGGAGGCUAUCCUACGUGCGCCGGAGAACCGGAGCCCGUGGUGGUAUGCUCGCGGUGUGCUGAGAGCUGCCGGGCGUGGGUUAGAGGAGUGGGAGGAGUUUGUUGGUGGGUUCGUUUCCGAGGGGGCCGUUAAGAGUUCGCAUGCUGUUGAGUGGUUGGCGGAUGUUUUCGCUGAGACUGAGAGGGAGAGUGAGGCUGUUCGGAUGUUGACGAUGCUGAAGGAGGAGUUUGAUCCUAUCCGGAAGAAUUAUUGGGAUUAUCGUAUUCGGAAGCUGGAUCAGGGCGUGGAUGGUUUGGGGAAGGGCAUUGAGACUCUCGCUGCCGUAUGA